CCGGAGGAGGCGGCCCAGCUGCCCGCGCCGCGGCCCCACUUGGGCCCUUCUGCUGUGGCUCCUUCCCCAACUCGGGCUGGUAUUUACAGGGCCGAGGACGGCCGCUCUCGCCGACACGGAGCCACUCCCGCAAAAGUCGCCGGACAGUGUGGCCCUCCCGGCUUUCCGUCAGGCUUUCGCGCCCGACACUCCCGCAGUGAGCGGCUAGCCGGGUGGGCGUUCCGGCUGCGAAGGACCCCACCGCGGCCCCGGAAGCGCCUCGUUCCGGGCGGUGGUGGCGCCGCGGUCUCCGUGAUGGCUUCGGGACUGGGCGGCUGACUACUGGGCUCGGGGUGGGCCCAGUGCCCAGAAUCUCGGCGGCUGCUGCUUGAGCUCGGCCUCACCAUGGCCACCUCGGCCGCUUCCUCAGAGCAUUUCGAGAAGCUACACGAAAUCUUCCGCGGCCUCCAUGAAGACCUACGAGGGGCGCCGGAGCGGCUACUGGGGACGGCCGGGACGGAAGAGAAGAAGAAGUUGAUCAGAGAUUUUGAUGAAAAGCACCAGGAAGCAAAUGAAACGCUGGCCGAGAUGGAGGAAGAGCUACGGUAUGCACCCCUUUCUUUCCGUAACCCCAUGAUGUCUAAGCUGCGAAACUACAGGAAGGACCUUGGCAAACUCCAUCGGGAGGUGAGAAGCACUCCUUUGACAGCCACACCUGGGGGCCGAGGAGACAUGAAGUUUGGCACAUAUACCUUAGAGAAUGAGCAUAUGAAUCGGCUACAGUCACAAAGGGCAUUGCUUCUGCAAGGCACUGAAAGCCUAAACAGGGCCACUCAAAGUAUUGAACGUUCUCAUCGGAUUGCUACAGAGACUGACCAGAUUGGCUCAGAAAUCAUAGAAGAGCUGGGGGAACAAAGAGACCAGCUGGAACGUACCAAGAACAGACUGGUAAACACAAGUGAAAACUUGAGCAAAAGUCGAAAGAUUCUCCGUUCAAUGUCCAGAAAAGUGACAACCAACAAGCUGCUGCUUUCUGUCAUCAUCUUAUUGGAGCUAGCUAUCCUGGGAGGCCUGGUUUAUUACAAAUUCUUUCGCAAGCAUUGAAAUUGCUACAGGUUCUCUGAGAAGAAAUGCAACUGGCUGUCCAUGAAGGUUUCCUGAUGAAGUUGUAAGGGGUGUAUUGAUGUCAGCAUGGGCAUCAACCCAGAUGACACAAAGGUCCGGGCAGUGCCGGGCGUGGCCACUAAUGGUACCAAUCGCCAGGCUGUGAAGAACAAAUAUAAUAAUCUUCAAGGCCCUCUGCUUUGCUAACAUCACCAAUAAAAAAUACCCUGAGCCAACACAGCUUACACUCUGUCCUCGGGGCAAAGUCAGAGCCUGGACUGAGGCUGGGUAAGGUAAAGCAAGUUCCUGGGUUAUAAUCCCCAAGUACAAGAUCUCAUGUACAACACUGUGUAAAACAAGUUAAUCUGUGUGUUACCUUGAGUGGAUUAGACCAGAGAAGUGCAAAACUCUAGAUUCAACGCAAAUGACUGGCAGUGUGACAGAUGUAUUUCCUAUCACCAAAAUUCAUGUCUUUUUAUCCAUUAACGCUGGCCCAUAAAAUAAAAGGACCUCAAAUGUUUGUUCAGUGAAUGAAAUCUAGUUAAAUGAUGUGAUCUAUAUGUAACAACUCAAAAUGUUGCUUACUGUCUCUUAAGGUCUCCACCUGGGAGAUCUAAUCUUAACAUCCAAAGAAUCAGUUAUAAUUCUUUUUUUAUUUGUUUUUUGGUUU